UGAGCUCAAGGCUGCUGUUGUUUCUCCCCUCCCUGGGACCCAGGUUCCUGGCCCCCAGCUGGGGACACCAUGCUCCUGCCGGGGUCCAACUGUGACCCCUAGAAACUGGAGAACAGCUCCGAGAUCCCACCUGACGGACCCCUGAGGGUCUCACUUGGCUCUCUCCCCAAGGGGGGAGGCCCGACUGCCACUGGGGGAAUCAUUAACUGAAGGUGGUGACAUGGCUGAGAAGGAGAGUGGCCAAAAGGUUCAGUGUUGGUCUCUGCCCAAGAUUGUGGCGGUCAUCGCAGGGGGCAUCCUGCUCCUGGCGGGGAUUGGAGCAGCUUCUUGGGCCAUUGUGACUGUGUUGAUGAGGAGUGACCAGGAGGUGCUAUACCCGGUACAGGUGAGUCCGGCAGACCUGCGGCUUACUGUGUUUGACGGAACCGAGGGCACAUGGCGGCUGCUCUGCUCCUCCAGGGCCAAUUCCAGGGUGGCAAGUCUGAGUUGUGAGGAGAUGGGCUUCAUCAGGUCUCUGACCCACUCGGAGUUGGACGUCCGGGUAUUUGGAACAAAUGGCACAUUGGGCUACUUCUGUGUGGAUGAGGAGAGGCUCCCCUAUGCUCGAAGGCUGUCGGAAGUCAUCUCUGUAUGUGACUGUCCCAGGGGCCUCUUCCUAGCCACCCUGUGCCAAGAUUGUGGCCGGAGGAAGCUGCCUGUAGACCGUAUUGUCGGGGGCCAAGAUGCCAGCCUGGGCCGCUGGCCGUGGCAGGUCAGUCUGCGCUAUGAUGGGUCGCACCUGUGCGGGGGGUCCCUGCUGUCCGGAGACUGGGUGUUGACUGCUGCCCACUGCUUCCCUGAACGGAACCGGGUCGUGUCACGGUGGAGAGUUUUUGCGGGUGCUGUGGCCCAGGCAUCGACCCAGGGACUCCAGCUUGGGGUCCAGGCUGUGGUGUACCACGGAGGCUACCUCCCCUUCCGGGACCCCAACAGUGAAGAGAACAGUAAUGACAUUGCUCUGGUGCACCUGUCCAGUCCCCUGCCCCUCACUGAAUACAUCCAACCUGUCUGCCUCCCAGCUGCUGGUCAGGCCUUGGUGGAUGGGAAGAUUUGCACCGUAACAGGCUGGGGAAACACUCAGUAUUAUGGCCAACAGGCGAAUAUGCUACAGGAAGCACGAGUUCCUAUUAUCAGCAACACGGUCUGCAAUAGCCCUGACUUCUACGGGAACCAGAUCAAACCCAAAAUGUUCUGUGCUGGCUACACUGAGGGGGGCAUCGAUGCCUGCCAGGGAGACAGCGGGGGCCCUUUUGUGUGUGAGGAUAAUAUCUCCAGGACACCUCGAUGGAGGCUGUGUGGGAUAGUGAGCUGGGGAACAGGCUGUGCCCUUGCCCACAAGCCUGGGGUUUACACAAAAGUUGGAGAAUACCAGGAGUGGAUCUACCGAGCCAUGAAGACUCACUCCGAGGACAGUGGGAUAGUGACCCAACUCUGACACCCCUGCUUCUCCUCCCGGGGGACCUGCUUCCCCUCCUCUCCGUAUCCUCUGCUGGUCCUGAGGGGACGCUCCCCAGCACUUAGCAGUGGAAGACAAUCUAUGGCUCAGAGAGCCCCAUCCUGGAUUCCUCUGUAAAGGCGAGGAGGGCCUGAGGAUUCUGAAGGGCAGGGGAGAAAAUAGGGAGGGGGGCACCAGGUCAGUGUUGAUCCCCACCCUGAGGAUUUUCUCCACCCCAUCCCAUACAUGUUGCUGCUAUCCCUGGCCCAUUACCUGCCCUCCUCUGGGCAACCCCCCACUCAGGUCCACCCAUGAGUCCUGCCCUGCCCCCUCCCCAUGUAAAUACUCUCUUGGGAUGUGUGGGCUUCUUGCUCUACCUGCCCUCGGUCCCCAGAAAUGUUCAGUGAUUACUUUGAAUAAUAAAACUGGUUUUGAUUAGAA